GGGCUUCGCUUUGACACUGGACUUCCACCCAGCGUGCUGCCCUGGGUUUUACACGCUUGGUAGGCGGUGGGCGGCUGAUUGAGCAGAGGAACACCCGCAGGGAUCGCUGCCGGGAGGUGAAGUCCCAGCGGUGAGCAGCGGCACCCGGCUGCGUCCCUUCCUCGUCGGCACUCCUCAACAAGAAGCUGAGGUUAAAGCAUACAUGGCUCCUGGGAUCUCAAAUGAGAAGAAAAAUGAAGAUGAACAGUCGUCAAAAGGGAAUACGAUCCAUCUUUGCAAUCCUCACCUGGAGAAAAUGAAAGAAGACAUCCUGUACCAUUUUGCUCUUGGGACUGGUACCCAUGAUUUUCCUGCGUUGUUCGGAGAUGUAAAGUUCGUAUGUGUUGGAGGAAGUCCUUCACGGAUGAAAGCUUUUAUUGCCUACAUAGCUGAAGAACUGGGACUUGGGAGCCAAGGUGGUGACUAUCCUAACAUCUGUGCGGGAACUGACCGUUAUGCAAUGUACAAAGUGGGACCUGUUUUGUCAGUCAGUCACGGUAUGGGCAUUCCUUCUAUUUCAAUCAUGUUGCACGAGCUGAUCAAACUGUUGUAUCAUGCCAAGUGUUCCAACAUAACCCUUAUUCGCAUUGGCACCUCGGGUGGAAUAGGUCUGGAGCCAGGCUCAGUGGUUAUCACUAGGCAGUCUGUAGAUGCCACCUUCAAACCUCAGUUUGAACAGGUUGUUCUGGGAAAAACCAUAAUUCGCAGCACAAAUCUAGAUGAAGAGCUAGCUAAAGAGCUGAUGCAGUGCAGUAAAGAAAUCAAUGAAUUCAAUACAGUCAUUGGAAACACUAUGUGCACUUUGGAUUUCUAUGAAGGACAGGGCAGGUUGGACGGUGCAAUCUGCUUAUAUAAUGAAGAAGAGAAGCUGCAAUAUUUGAAAGCGGCUUAUGAUUCUGGUGUCAGAAACAUUGAGAUGGAAUCUUCUGUCUUUGCUGCAAUGUGCAAUCUGAGUGGUGUCAGAGCUGCUGUAGUGUGUGUCACUCUUCUGAAUCGUCUUGAAGGGGAUCAGAUUAGCAGCUCACAUGACGUACUUGUGGAGUACCAGCAGAGACCGCAGAAAUUAGUGGGAUAUUUCAUUAAGAAAAGUCUUGGGAAAGUAUGAAAUGUCCAUCUUUGGUUUUUAGAAGCAGGAGGCUUUUACACAGCUGAAGUUAUGGUCACAACUUCUGUGCAUUUAAGGUCUUUUGCCUCAGAAUAGCUUACAGAAUUCCAUGUGUCCGUGGAAGUUAAUCACUUAUCUCAGUGUGCUUUGGAAACUGAAUGUGCUGAAUAGACUUCAGUUAAGAUUAGUUUAGUUUUGUGUUGCUGGGAUUUAAGACUCGCUUUUCUGUGAAUUGGAAAGUGGAUCUGUUGUGAAGGACGAGCUUGCUGUAAUGUAUGAAAAAGCUUUAUUUAUCCCUGCUGCUGAAGAAAAAGUAAGAAGAAAAUCAAAUGUUUCUUGCAAAGUACUUGCAAACCACCAAAUUAAAAUUAACUUAAGAAUUCUAAUCCUUUCACAUUGUAUUUUAAAAAAAAUAUAUAAUUGUCUUUGUUGCUUUACUUUGUAAAGAAAACUUAGAGUGAAUGCCGUUUAUUUUUUCCAGACUUUGACAAAUAAACAGUAUUAUUUUCAUAUAUUAAAAUUUCACGAAAUUGCAAA